AUGGAUCAACACGACGACUUCGAUAACGUCUCCUGGAGGAACGACCUGGAGAGUGACGCUUCUCGGCCGACCACUUCGGGCACAGAUGCCGAGGAGCCCUAUAAACACGACCAAGAUACCAAUGGCAAGCGGAGGAUGAGCUCCGCGCACGAGGAACCCCAGGCCGGCCCGCUGGCCGAUGCCGUAGACCUGGCUGGUAUCGGCGACGGCGUGCUGGAAUGCCGCGUCGACUCGCCUCUGAAGGAGAAUGACGGUACAAAAGAUGCAUAUAUCUCCUAUCUUGUCACAACCAAUACCGACUUCAAGUCAUUCCAGAGACCAGAAUUCAGCGUCCGGCGACGAUUCACCGACUUCUAUUUCCUGUACAAGACGCUCUAUCGCGAAUACCCAGCAUGCGCCGUGCCGCCGCUUCCCGACAAACACAAGAUGGAGUAUGUACGAGGAGACCGAUUCGGACCAGAGUUUACCACGCGGCGAUCAUGGUCGCUGCAUCGGUUUUUGAAGCGCCUGACACUCCACCCGGUUCUCCGCCGUGCACCACUCCUCAUCAUCUUCCUGGAGUCGCCAGACUGGAAUGCACAUGUGCGGUUACACUCGACCCGAGGGUCGACGAGUACCUCUUCCGACAAUGCGGGGACUGGAAUCUUUGAUAAUUUCACAGAUACCUUUGUCAACGCCUUCACCAAAGUACACAAGCCCGAUCGGCGGUUCAUUGAGGUGAAGGAGAAGUCGGAUAAACUGGACGAGGAUUUGUCGCAUGUCGAAAAGACCGUGGCGCGGGUUGCGAGGCGGGAGGCUGAUCUGGAGACGGAUUAUACGGACCUGGCAACCCAGUUCCGCAAGCUUGUCCCGCUCGAGCCCGCAGUCGAGAUGCCAUUACAGGUGUUUGCAGCUUCCGUGGAGGAAACUGCACGCGGGAUACAUGAUCUGAAAGACCAUACGGAUCAAAAUUACCUCGGCUCGCUGCGCGACAUGGAGGCAUACAUCCUUUCCGUGAAAGCACUGUUGAAGACACGAGAGCAGAAGCAACUCGACUUUGAAGCUCUAGUCGAUUACCGUAACAAGGCCGUCGCUGAAAGAGACUCACUCGCUGCCAACCCAGCCGCCUACUAUGCCUCCAACCCGCUUACCUCCUCCCCCGCCUCCUUCAUCCGUUCCAAGAUGGAAGACAUGCGCGGUGUCGACCACGAACAGUCCCGUCGCGAGCGUGUCCGCAAGCUCGAGCUGCGCAUCGACGAGCUGACCCGCGAGGUCGAGUCUGCCAAGACCACCUCCGAGAUGUUUGACGAAGAAGUCGUCCGCGAAGUAGCAGACUUUGAGCGCAUCAAGGCAGUCGAGUUCCGUGAUUCCCUUGGUGCACUCGCCGAGGCCCACAUCGACUUUUACCAGGGCGUCCUGUCUACCUGGGAGCGAUUCAUCGCAGAGAUGGAGGGUGAUGCUGAGACAGGUCUCGAGGCUGACUCCCACGCUGCUGGGUCGAGGUAA